AAUCAAAUCAGCCAUCACUGUAUGUGAGAUAUACCAACAACAUUUAGUGCUGGCAACACUGUUAUGUGGCAGCUGUCAGCGAACGAAUAAUAGCCAACUUCAAGUGACGUUCGGUUCUUUCCGGUUGAAUUUUUGACAGAUCAACAACUUAAAAAUGGCCAAACGCACCAAGAAGGUUGGAAUCGUAGGUAAAUAUGGUACCCGUUAUGGUGCCUCCCUACGUAAGAUGGUCAAGAAGAUGGAGGUGACCCAGCAUUCAAAAUACACCUGCACCUUCUGCGGCAAGGACUCGAUGAAACGUGCUUGCGUUGGUAUCUGGUCCUGCAAACGCUGCAAGCGUGUUGUUGCCGGUGGCGCUUGGGUGUACUCCACCACCGCCGCAGCUUCCGUACGCUCGGCUGUGCGUCGUCUGCGUGAAACCAAGGAACAGUAAAUUCCUGCCUGGAAACCGAACUGAUUUUCUCAGUUCAUCUAGUAAAUAGUUUAAUUUACAUUAAAUUUGGCGCGGAUUGUGCUAUACCAAAUUUUAAUUUGGUAGUGUUGUUUGGCCGCCGGCUUACGGACACGCUUUGUUGUACAAGGAAAAAGAAAAUAAAAAAGGAUUUUUUAAACAAA